CGCGCUUGCGCACUGUGUUGAACUUUUGCAGCUUUCGGUCAUAUCGAGUUCUGGUCUCCCGCUCGUCAAUGGCGUUGAUAGAGCGGCUGCGACUGUCCUGGUCGACUCUUGAAUGCGCUUUGCUGCAGGCUUUCGGACUUCAACGUCGUUUGGUUCCUGCACUGGUGAUAGAAGCUCCAGUAAACUUCCCUCCCUAUGAAUCUGAACCCCGUGACAAUGACCAGAGUGACAGCUCCGGCUUCCUUGAUAGUAUCUUCUGGAUGGCAGCACCCAAAAAACGGCGUACAAUUGAAGUCAACCGCUGUCGGAGGAGGAAUGUUCAGAAGUUAGAAAAAGUUAAGAACAACAUAGAGGUCUGUCAAGAUUGUGGGCGCUUGAAACUGAAGCAUGUCAUGUGUGCCUUCUGCUAUCAAAAGGUUGUACAUGAAACAGCUUUGGUACGAGCACAGAUUCAGGCACAGGAAGGAAGGCCACACAACACUCCCCCUGUUGAAAAUGUUGUACUUUACGCAGGAGAAAAGGCUACAGAGGCUGAUGAGGGAAAGCGGAUCAUUGAAAGGAAUCGAAAGCGCCCAGCAUGGUUUACAGUAGACUCUUGAUCUUAUUUCUUGGAUGAUUAAUGUGUGGCGCAAAUGGUGGACCAUGGGCAGGAGAGAAAAUGUCAAGAUGAAGUACAGAAAUAAUUCAACAUACUUCCAGUUAGUGCUAUCUUCACAAUGGAGCCUGUGUUACUGAAAUUCAUCUUGGUGAUCUACAUUUUAAAAGAGUGAUUGAUUGUUCUGUGAUGUUCCUGGCUGUAACUCACUCACUGAAUGUAAACCUUUAUAAGGAUCAGAAAAGAGAAAUGGGAGAAAAUUUCUUGAAAAAUUU